CUGUGACUUACAGUAUUCCUCAUUUGGACUACUGUACAUGUACUUGCUACAUCCUCUCAAGAUAUUCCAUCAUCAUAUCCACCUACUUGGAUUCUGAUUAAGGACCAGUUGAGUUCAGCAGUGGUCCCUUUUGUGGCAAUCAGUGUGUCAGGCAAUCAACCCAGAAGAAAACCAUGAAGAAAUUCAACUUCAUGAGCAGAAAGAGUAGGCCAUUGGGGAUAGAGGACGGGAGUCCUCUGAUUAAGAACAGUACACUGCCUACAGAUGAAGAGGAACAAACCGGGAAUGUGGGGUAUGGGAAUCCCUACUUGGAGAAUGGCUUUAACAAUCAUCAGGAGUUGGGCAAUCAGGGGGGUCAGGAGAAGGGACAGUCAUUGCUCAGUGUACUUGCAGAAGCUUUGAGGGUCAGCCAUGUUGGCCCUCAAGAGAGACUUGAAGCUAAUUUGGAGGGACCACCAGAAGAGAUUAUGUGCCAUGAGGCUCAGAAGAAGGACGAUACACACCCAGAAGUCUUGCUCCAAAGGUACUUUCAUCUUAUUGAAGCGUCUGUGGACAAACACUUCCCCAAACUGCCAGCAGGGAACACUGUGAAUCAGCUGGAGGGCUACCUGAUAAAAGUGCAAAUAACUGUGCAAGGGGAGCUUCUGAGGUUGGCACCCCUGCUCAAAGAGGCUCAGUUGCGGAAGCAUUUGAUUGCUUGCUAUCAUCAGCGUAUGUUUGACUGUCUACAGCAGAUCCUUCAGCAUGUCAACACAAAAAAAGAGGCCUUCACAGUUCUUGACUGGGUACUACGCACAUACUUGAGUGAGGAGCUGCUAGGACACCCCAACAUCUGGGAUGAGGCUCUACAUGCAGUUGACCUUCUCCUUCUGACAGACUGGAUCCCACAAGCUGAGAAGAAACUCUUGGCCACUGUGCAGGAGGACAUCUCCACAUCACUGAGGAGGAUCCUUCAGAACGAGGAGUCAGGUAGAGAGGUGUGUGUCUCUGGAGAGGAGGCCUUUAUCAAACUGCAUCUGGAUGUCAUCCAGUGCAUCAAUGCUGUUCUCCAGAAAGCAAAGAUGAUGAGCCAAACUCUGAUGCGCAAGGUCCAAAUAGUCUGUUGGCAAGAGCUACAGGACUUUGUGGAAAGAUAUGUCAAUGUUGAAAAGAAGCACCUUCAGAAACAAGCAGGAAUGGGAACGUCAGGUACAAUGCACUUCUUUAAGACGUUCAACACCUGCAUUGAACUCAAGUUGUAUAUUUCAAGGAUUGCCAAAGAUGACACAAGCUUAGACUGUGUUAAAACCAUAUCAACACUUAAGGGGUUGGAAGCUCUUUCUUGGAAGCUUCUCCUGGAAAAACCAAUUCAACUUGCACAGAUUUCCUUGAAGAAGUAUUUCAAAAGAGAGGAUGAACAAAUGGAAAAUCUAAUGAAAGAGAUUACAUUUAUUUUCCAAGAGCUUCCCAAAGACAAGGAUACGCAAAAGACUGUGAUUAACAAAGCCUAUCAGUGCAUCACCCUUCUGUACCUCCAACACCUGAUGCAGAGUAACCAUGGGAAGCUGGUGAAGAGAUGGGAUUAUGUGAACAAAAGAGUGAUGCAUGAUGCCGAGCUCCUUCACUCCAUCUUCUCAGUCCUGAAUCCUGAUGUUAAACAGUGGAACAUCAUACUGAUUAAAGUGAGAGAAGUGCUGGAGUGCAGCGACAUUGAAAGUCUCAAGAUAAUAGUCAGUGAGAUACUGAGGGACAACGCCAAUACAAGUGCUGCUGAGCACCUUCCAGCCCUGCUGCGCUGGAAGGGAGGCCUGUCAUGGAGACUGACCCGGGAGGUUCUGGAGGCAAGCCAGGAAGUGUACCCCAUUGACCUCUCCCAAACCAGGUCUGCACCCUGGUUUGACUGCCUUCUUUGCUGCUGAGUGUGUGAACUGGGACGUUUCAGGCAAAGGACAAUAACGACCCCACUCUAACAACAUGACCCUCAAGUUCUCAACCGACAACACAAUAUUUGGAACUAUGUUUACAUGUCUUUGUCAACUAUUUUAAAGGUAUUCUAUGGCAAGUUAUUAUUUAAUGUCUUAAAGAAGAAAA